AUUUACGUUAGUGGACGUGGAGUCUGCUGUAGGAUAGAAAUCACGAAAAUUUGAAAAUAUUCGAUUAAUUUCCGCACCGCGAAGUGAUUUGUGUUUAGAGAAACGUAGCAUUUAUCUUCCCUUUAUUUUUACGAUUUAAAAAUACGCGUUUAAUCUCUGUAAACUGUGUUAUUUUGACGAAAAUUCUCUUACUAUACUGAUCCAUUGUUCUUAUACAAUUCAUGAGUUAUUGACAAACAAAAAGCUAUGCGGGUGGUGUUCUGUGUAGGGGGGCGGAUGUGACCAAUACACUGGCAUGGUAUUGGGGGCCCUUUGCAAAGGUUUUAGAAGAAAAAAACAUUAUAUUUUUAAAAUGAACGGUGUGAGCAAGGACGCCCCGUUAGGCAUCCAGUGGUUACAAAAAAUCUCCGGGUGGCUGUGUCCAAGGCUGCAAAUCAACAGGUUAAGAUGGUACCAAGCGAGCGUGCUCGGGCUGACGUACAUAACGUAUAUGACGUACCACCUGACGCGCAAGCCGAUAUCGGUGGUGAAGUCAGUGCUGCACAGGAACUGCAGCGCGCUGGUGCCGCCGCCCGGCGUGCCGCCCGGGGACGACACCUGGUGUGACUGGCCGCCCUUCGAUACGGCUGAAGCAAACGCGUUGCUGGGCGCGUUGGAUUCGGCGUUCCUCUUCUCAUAUGCGGCCGCCAUGUUUGUUUCCGGCCUAAUAGCGGAGCGCGUGGAUCUCCGUUACUUCCUGUCGCUGGGUAUGCUGGUGUCCGCCAUCUUCUGCUACCUGUUCGGAGUGGGGUACACCGCCGGCAUACAUAGUAUAUCGUACUAUCUCCUCGUUCAGGCUGGUGCGGGUAUAGCGCAGACCACUGGCUGGCCCGGCACCGUGGCGGUGGUGGGCAAGUGGUUCGGCGGCAAGAAGGGGCUCAUCUUCGGGAUCUGGAACUCGCACACUUCGCUGGGAAAUAUACUCGGCACACUCUUAGCUGCAGCGUUCGUGGAGCGGGACUGGUCACUCUCAUUCAUCUACCCCGCUUUGGCUAUGGGCGUGGCGGGCGGGCUGGUGUUCCUGUUCUUAGUGCCAGAGCCCAAAGGGGUUGGGCUGGUGAUACCUGAUAGAGAUGCGCCAAGUCGCCAGUCGAGGAAGCCUGAAGAUGAAGAGGAACCCAGCCAGGUCAUAGUUGGGGACCAGGCCGCCAGUCUGCGCCCCAACCGACACUCCGCCAACGCACCCUCGCCCCACCCUGAGGAACCGUCGGAGACGACCUCCCUGCUCCGCCGCGGCUCCAGCUCGUCAUCAUCGUCCACCACAGCCAGCGCGGUGUCUCUGUCCCGCGCGCUGCGCAUCCCUGGCGUGAUGGAGUUCUCCCUCUCACUCUUUUUCGCCAAGCUGGUGUCGUAUACAUUCCUGUACUGGUUGCCGCUCUACAUUGCUACCUCUACCAACCUAACUCCGAAGCAAUCGGGCGAGUUGUCAACAGUGUUCGACGCGGGCGGCGUGGCGGGCGCCAUCGUGGCGGGCGUGCUGGCCGACCUCACCACUUGCCCGGGCCUUGUGUGUCUCGCCUUCUACGCGCUGUGUGCGCCUGCGCUAUUCGCGUACCAGACGUACGGCGCCAUAUCGUACGGCGUCAACGUGUGCCUGCUGGUGACCACCGGCGUGCUGGUCAACGGGCCGUACGCGCUCAUCACCACCGCCGUCAGCGCCGAGCUCGGCACCCACAGCAGCCUGGCGGGCAACUCGCAGGCGCUGGCCACCGUCACCGCCAUCAUCGACGGCACAGGCAGCGUCGGCGCGGCCAUAGGCCCCAUGCUGGCUGGCGUGGUGUCCAGCGCCGGCUCCUGGUCUCACGUGUUCUACAUGCUGAUAGCUUGCAACGUGUUCGCGCUACUCACGCUCACCAGAAUCGUGAGGUCAGAAAUACUGAAGUUACGUCAGGAGCGCCGAUUAGCGUCGCCGCGGCUAGUCAGAAUAGAAUAACAUAGAAUAGUGUAGAAUAAUAGGAUCUGGAGCUCGGUGGCGCAGCGGUAAACGCACUCGGUCUGCGAUUGUUGAAGUUAAGCAACUUUGGGUGACUACAAAAAAAAAGUUUUCAUCUCGAGCUCCUCCGUGCUUCGCAAGGCACGUUAAGCCGUUGGUCCCGGCUGCAUUAGCAGUCGUUAAUAACCACCAAUCCGCACUGGGCCCGCGUGGUGGUUUAAGGCCCGAUCUCCCUAUCCAUCCAUAGGGAAGGCCCCAGCAGUGGGGACGUUAAUGGGCUGAUGAUGAUGAUGAUAGAAUCUAAUAGUUAUAAUAAACGUCGUAUAGUGAUAACUAUACGAUAAUGAGUCCAUAUUAAAAGAGCUCAAAAUCAGGACGCGGCUCUCCUCAAUAUACCUGAAUCGUGCUCUAAGCUUCUUCGGACAUAUUAUGCGGUCUCCGAAGCACAGUCUGCAGAAGCAGAUCAUCGUUGGGCAAAUGGAUGGCAAACGUGCGCGAGGAAGGGCGCCUACGAGGUGGUCUGACAUCGUGAAGAAGACGGUGGGCGGCAGCAUACAGAGGGCGGUCCACACAGGAUAUGGCCUAUUCCACCAUCGGCGACAGUUUAGUUCCUCUCAGACGACGCCCUGAGCCGAGGUUCGCGCCCAACUGGGCACCUUCAGGCCUGUUGUCUUAAACGUUGUACCGGGUGAGAGCCUUCAGCGCUCCCCAUUUGCCCGGCCAAGUAGUUAAUGCAAUCUGCGGCAAAUCUACAAUAAGUCACGUCAAAAAAAAGGCGACAGUUUAGUGCCCUGUCACCCGCGAAAAUGAUCACCUGGGUGAUAAUAGGCGACUCCAAUUCAAAUUAUUAUUUCGGUAUUCUAAAAUCACCGGAACAUUUUAGUCGUUUAUUUUUUACAAAUUAAUGAAAAUAGUUUUAAAAGAAAUAUAAAAAGAAAACAGAGAGUACAGGUAAGCUUAUCUCUAAGAAAGAGAUUUCUUCCAGCUAAAUAGGACAAGUAACAAAAAUAAAUUAUUAUUAAUUGUUUGAGGUU